GACCAGACAAAAGCAAUCAAGCGUCGAUAUGAUCCACAACCUUCCCUAUGUGUAUGUUUUUUUUAUACUUUGUGAUGCGAAAGGGAAAGCAAGUCAACCGUAUGUAAAAGUACACAAUCGGGGAAAGGAAAAUAAUGUAUGCUUUUGUUCGAUUCUUCGGAGACGAUAUAUGUUGCGCGAUGCCCGUUUCAAGCAUCCAAGAUUUCAGCCCGGAGCACGGAGCCGAUUUCGAUCAUCAGAAGGUGUAUGUGGUGCGCAGGACUCAAGAGAAUGGGAGCGCAGGCCAACCGUGCGAAGCUCACAUCAUUGCCCUUGCAGAUGCUGUAGAGGAGUUUGAAGACUUUAUAAUGCAAAAGAAGAUGAAAAUUCCUAAAAUGUCCCUCGAGAAUUCAGGAAAUUUAAUUGAGAACAGUUUUGGAAGGGAUAGGCUGCCUCUCAGGCAUAAAAAGGCUUUAUCGCAAAACCAUGGUCGCCCCAUUUCAAACUCCUCCAAAAGUCUGGCAGCAGUAGUGGCUCGCCUCGAAAGAAACGCAGCCAGCUCCUGCAUGGAAGGCGAAGAGGAUCUAGAUGAGGAUCGACUGGCUGAGGAGGGAGAGGAUGCCGAUGAUGAAGACGAAGACAUGGAAGCAGAACAACUCCAGAAGGAGCAUCAACAGCAGCAGCAACAUCUCCAGGUGGACACGGAUGCGGCCGCGGCGGUGGUUCCUCGCGUCCUUUACGACGAGCUGGUCGACAGCUACAGGCAACAGGAGGACGAGAUGAGGAGGCUGCAGCAAGAGCUGGAAAGAACACGCCGGCAGUUGGUGCAACAGACAAAGAAACUCAAGGAAUACGGCAGCCUGCUGACUGAAGUCAAAGAACUCAGGGACUUCAAUCGCCGGCUGCAGGACGUGCUCCUCAUGAGGCUGGGCAGUGAGCCUAUGCAUGACAAUGGCACUCAGACAAUCAAGGCUGAGGUGGUUGAACCCAUUGUUGAGACCCAGGAAACAUUCAAAGAAGAAGCCAACACCAGUUCCAGCUACUCACCAUCUCCCCGAACGGUCUACACGUGCAACGAUGGCAAGGUUCACCUUGGUGGCGGCAUCUGGGUGGAGGAGGAGAAGUGGCACCAGUUACAGCGUACCCAAGGAGACUCCAAGUUCACAAAGAACUUGGCCGUCAUGAUCUGGGGCACAGAAACCCUCAAAAACCGAAGCGUCACUGGGGUGGCUACCAAAAAGAAAAAAGACGCCCUUCCCAAACCUCCACUCUCACCAAGCAAGUUAAAAAUCGUCCGAGAGUGUCUGUACGACCGAGUGUCCCAAGAGACGGCAAACAGUGCCGAAAUCACGCAAAGAUUGUCCAAAGUGAACAAAUACAUUUGUGAGAAGAUCAUGGACAUCAACAAGUCCAUCAAGAACGAGGAGCGGCGGGAAUCCAAGCUGCUCAUCAGACAGACAGUCAAGAUGGAGAAUUUUACCUAUGAUGGCAUGUAGAGGUCAAGCCAGCUUGAUUUAGCGGAACCGCUAUUCCUACGACUCAUCUGAUUGGUUGUGGCCCCUUUUUAAAACCAGCACCCCCCCCCUGACAGUUAGUCCAUUGAGUUCCAGACAGCUUUACUCACCAGCCAGACAGGAACAAGAAUAAGUGUUUUUUUAACGAAGGUUUACUUUUGGGGUCAGUACGAGAAACUGCUGGCCUUGGUGUGUGUGCGCGCGCGUUAACAGAUUGAUUUAUUGUUCUGUGUCAGAACAUCACUCUGAGUCCUUUAAGCUUUUAAAAAGUAAAAGAGGACUUCCCCGGAUUAAAGUCUUCAGUCGCCGUGCAGUGAGAACGUACUGUCUAAUGAAUGAGUCUUAAUUUUGUAAAAGACAUGCGAGAUUGCAACGGUCAGUUGCUGUGAGAGAUUAUCGUGGUCGUGGCGUUUUGAAUCGAUCGCCAGAAUUGAGUCGAACUUGUUCAAAUGGUCCUUGGUGGGGGGGUUUCUGAAAGAAAUGUACUGAGGGGUUUUAUGAAAAGAAAUGAAACAAAAAAUUUGCUGACUCAAAUAGACAAUCUAAAAAUAAUGGAUCAUCUUAAUUUUGACCUAAUUAAAGCCUCCCCUGACACAAUUUUGACAGUUGUAUGGAACAAAAUGAAAACGUACGGAGUAGGACUGCUCAAUUAAUCGAAUUUUAAUCGUGAUUACGAUUAUGGCUCCAGACAAUCCCAAAAUUCAUAUAAUCGUGGAAAAAAUAUUAUUAGGUGUUUCCGUUCUGAGACGGACUGGUUUAUUCUGAUUGUACAGUGACCAAUCCCUAUGAAUGAGAUUUCCUGAGGCAUGUUUGUCAUUGGUACACACUGGAACUGUUGAACAGAGGAGCAGGAAAGGCCUUAAAUGGAUUUUGCCAAUCACCAGGGGUACGAGGUGCCCCUUGUCUUUUCUAGUGAGCUGCGAUUGUAGUCCAAGCUGAAGUCUCGAGACUUGACGUGCACUUUGCUGUGAGAAUGUAAGAGUCGGCCAUUGGUACCGUUGCGAGCGUCAGUGGAGCACCUCGGUGCUCAUCAGUAGGGGUAGUUCAGGUCUUGAGCAAGAAAGUGUGGGUAAAGCUGUCUGGGACGUGACUCUUGGUGAUUUUUUUUUUUUUUUGUUUGUUUGAAGUCCACAAUUAGAAAUGCCAUUGGUGAAACUAAAUAUGGCCACCCGAGGGACAUUUUUGUCCUUUGUUCGUUUUUGUCUUGUUUCAUCCCACAAGUUUUUCCAUGGCUAUGAAACAAAGUCUUAGAGAUUAAAAUCUCAAGUGUGAGCCGACAGAGGCAAAACUGUGAAUCUGCUGCAGAGCUGCCUGUCAAGCCUUCGCUUCUCUUCACACUUCUACAUUUGUUGCCAGAUUGUCGUGUCUUUUUUUCCAGUUUGGGUGUACAUGUUCUAGACAAUUAUCUAAUUGAUGUUAUAAUCAUAUGUUUCUUUUUUUAUAUUCGUUAUGAGCGUUUGUUGGUUUUCAUACAACUUGUUGGCUUUAAAGUGUGAUGAAGAGCCCUGAAAGAGAAAAAAAAAUCUUCCGAGCCAAAGUGAUCAGUGAUGCAAAGCUGGAGGUAUUAUUAGAGAAGUGUUGCGCCUCACUCUGAAUAUCAACUUGAUCGUCAAACGUGUUAGUUUGACAAAUCAUUGACAUCAAAUGCACUUUAAACGUCAACUUGUCAAUCUUAAAGAAAAAGCCUCUUUGGGAUGUUAGUCUUUAUUUCUUAUCAAAAUACUAAAUUAAGGCCAAACAAUCAUUCUAUUAACAUGAUGCACCUUAAAAUGUUUUGUUUUGUGAGCGGCAGGGUGUGUUCUUGACAUGCCGAUGCUGAGCAGUAAAUUUGAGAGAUUUGUGACUCAAAAGCUUUGUUACAUUAUUAUAACUGGAGUUGGCAUGUUUAGGUAUUAUGUCUUUGUUUUUACGUAAAUGGUCUACGUGAGCCAAAGUUUUGAAUGCGAAAAACAAACGGGAUGCUGAGUGAACGAUCAGUGUGGUUUGCACAUUCAAAAAGACAAUAACAAGAGGCCCGUCCCAAUUUGGUUGAGUUUCUAGUGGUUCUUCCAUUUGCAUUGGAUGUCCCCAGUACAAAAAUAUUAUAUAUAGACUUUCAUCAAGAAACUACAUCAUAUCGAAUCGUUCCGCUAUAGAAUGUACAUUCCUUGAAUCGUAUUACAUCCCAUUCAUCGAGAUCCGCAUCGGAUUGCCUCCUAAUUUGAAUUCCGCAGUUCGACUGCAGGGUCCCAAUUGAAACUUUUCUUACUUCUUUCCCAACCAAAAUAGAAGCACUGAGCUCGGUCCCACUGUGUUGUAAAUAUGUUCAACGUAAUUACGCUAAUAUUGGGAGAAAAAAAGACCCGCCCCCUUUAGAGGCUACAAUUCUAGCAAAUGCGAUUCAGAUAUUCCAGUAAUGACCUCAUGUAUCGUUCAUUUCUCUAUUGUUUGAUGCCAAAAGGGGUCGGGGUAAAGACAAUGCUUUAAAAAAAACUGUCAACUUUUGAUAGGCUGGUUCCCUUUUUAGUCUUUGGACUUGUACACUGAGGUACUUAAUGCUGAUCAGCUUAAUCAGCAUCUUUGUAACAACUGGACGAAUAGUGUAUAGCCAAGCCGGGCAGCGCCGGACAAAAGAGGAAGUUGAACCUCACCAGCUGUGAUUUUCUUUCUGUGCCACCUCCAGUUGCUGGCAAGAAAGCCAACUGUUGUUUCAAAAUGCACAGAGAUCAAGAUGGCCCUUGCCAAGGUCUUUAUCGGGAGCGCUCGCUGUACAUAGGACGUUAAUGUUUGAGUCUCAGAGACAAUACUGGGAGGAACACGUUGUUUGUUCUCUAUUUUUUGAUUACAGUAUCAGUAACUUUGUAUACAAUCCACAAACCGGUUCUACUUCAUCCAACUUUCACCGCCCUACCUCAUUGUUACUCUGGUGUUUGUUUGUCAGUAAGAUCUCUGUGUAUAGUCAAAAGAAAAUCUAUAGUAAACAAGUUAUACCUGGUUGCGCAACAUGUACAGAAUAUCUAAAUAUAUAUAUACAGUAUCUAUCUCUUCUUAAACACCUCGAUUCACAAUAUCAUUCUCGGAAAAGGGAUGUUUGUUGAGCUGCUUGGCGGAGGAGGCAGCUGUGCGGCGUCGAGGGACCGCGCCCGUGUUGUAAUCCGCUCUUGGCUAACGUCGUGCAGUCGCUCCCGUGUUCGUGUUUUGUGUCUGUGUUGCGUUUGGAGAUUUUUACUGGUUGACGGUGCUACCAGCAAACCGUUCUAUACGGACCUCAAAUGGUGCUGUUUUUUUUCUAUGUUUGCAACCCUCACAGGGGGAAGGGGGCAGGGUUAGGGUUAGGGUUAGGGUUCAGGCGCGCCGACCACACCGCUAGUCCCUCAACGUUUUGGUGAAAGCAAUCGCAAAAAUGCUAAAACCUUUGCUGUUAAUGUGUCGCUCGCGUACGUGCUAUCCGCCCAAAUAUUGUUCUCUACUUAUUUACGAGUACCUCAGAACCUGUUGACUUUUAAAAAGGACGCUUUCAACGCCUGUUUGCUGCCAACGUGUGUUUAUGUCAUGUUAAAGGAGGAAAUCUGGCUCUGUGAUUAUUGUAUUAAUUGCAGAACUUGACAGAAAAUGGAUUCCACUGACUGGUUUGCGUUCACGACUUAAAAAGCUGAAUAUUUACGAUCCAAGUGGCUCUUUGUGGCUUUAUUUUUUUGUGUGCGUGUUCCUGGUACCUGCUUUCAAAUCUUUUUCAGUAUCAAUGUAGCAGACAAUGUUUUCAGACUGUGACCCACACCAUACGUAAAUAUGCAUUCGGGUUUUGUUUUGGGAGAUUUUCUAAUACAAAGUUAGUUUGCAAUCGUUUUUGUUUCAACUCGGGAUGGGCAUUUGACUGCGUUUCCUUGAUCAACCAUGGGGGAAAUUAACCAGAAAUGAAUGGAUUCUUAUUUUUAAUGGGUUGGAGAAAUCUUUCGCAACAAAAUUCUUAUGAUUGUAAUUGAUUAUUCACCACUUCCAUAGUUCCAACAAGAAUUGAUCAGUAUGUUCAUUCAUUUUCUGUAGCUCUUAAGCCAUCCACUGGACUGUUUUGUUGAUUAUUUUUGAUCAUCUCUUCAACCUUGACACUGUGUCCUAAAGUGACAUUUAUUGUCAUGGCAACUUCGUUAACCAACAUCAUUGUCGUGACUGAAUUGAACUAUGCUGGGUUGAAGUGCAUUGUCAUGCUCAUUAAGGAAAGACGGGAUAAUUAAUGUUCGCUGUUUCUAGUCUGUUGGUACGAUAAAGUGAAAGAGCGUCUCGUGAUUUCAGUCAACACUCCCACAACCCGCUUUUGUCUCCCAGAGGCAAACGACGAUCUCGACUAGGCAAUAGUGUGUAUGUAUGUCCUCGCUCAACCGGCCACACCUCUGCUACGCUGGCACGAUGCUUAGCAUCCUCUUAUUGUGUCUCUUGCUGCAUUCAGGAACAUGUGUUUCAUGUAGAAAGAAUAAAACAAAAUAAAAGCAGACUUUUAUUCUAUCAGCACUAA